GCUUCUCUCACAAACGUCUGUGGGCCUUCAGGGUAUCCACAGAUCAGCCAUGGGGAAGUACAAAGACAAUCCAUCAUGGACUCUCAGCUGGAUCAUACUCGUUAUUGGAAUAAGCUCCACUCAAUCAGCAGAUGGACCAGUCAACGUUACACCACUGACCAAGACCAUCUCUGGACUGAGUCCGGCUCAUAACGAACGAGUCUGCAGCACCUGGGGCAAUUUCAACUUCAAAACCUUCGAUGGAGACUUUUUCCAACUCGUGUCUACGUGUAACUAUGUCCUGACGUCACAGUGUUCAAGCAGCUAUGAGGAUUUCAAUAUUCAGCUGAGGCGGCAAGUCAUCGUUGAAGAGCCCCUGAUCAGCAAAAUCACCAUGAAGCUCGAAGGCACAGUGGUGGAACUUUUCAAAAGCUCCGUCAGUGUAGAUGGACACACGGUCACUCUGCCUUACAGCCAUUCUGGUGUCCUUAUUGAGAUAAACUCCGCUUACAUCAAAGUCGUCGCCAAGCUGGGACUCGUGGCCAUGUGGAAUGGACGUGAUGCUUUCAUGGUGGAAUUGGACAACAAGUACAAAAAUCAGACUUGUGGGCUUUGUGGUGACUUUAAUGGAGUCCAGCUCUACAACGAGUUCAUCAAAAAUGGGGUUGAGAUUUCUUCAUCAGACUACAGCCAGUUUGCGAAGAUGGAUGAUCCGACUGAGAGCUGCAGUGAAUCAGCUCCUCCAUCAGAUGACACCUGCAUGCAGCUGACGUCAGCGUGUGAGCAGUUGUUCUCAGGUCCAGCGUUCAGUGACUGUAACAGCCUCGUCUCUCUCGACUACUUUAUCAAAGCCUGUGAGAUGGACAUGUGCCAGUGCAAAGGCAACUCCAGCAACUUCUGCCUGUGCAGCACCAUCUCUGAGUAUUCACGCCAGUGUGUGCACGCUGGAGGAAAGCCGGACCAGUGGAGGACAGAGCAGUUCUGCCCCAAAACAUGCCCUUAUCCAAACAUGGUACAUCAAGAGUGUGGGAGCCCUUGCAUUAAUACCUGCUCCAAUCCUGACCGAGCACAUGUGUGUGAGGAACACUGCAUCGAUGGCUGUUUCUGCCCUUCAGGUAUGGUCCUGGAUGAUCUGACCGGUCGAGGAUGCAUUGCACAGGAUCAGUGCUCCUGCAUUCACAAUGGCAAAAUCUAUCACACUGGUCAGAACUUCACGAGCAACUGUAAAGAAUGCACAUGUACCUCGAACCAGUGGAGCUGCAUAGAGAAAGAUUGCCCUGGGACAUGCUCUGUAGAGGGUGGAUCUCACAUCACCACGUUUGAUGGAAAAACAUACAACUUCCACGGUGACUGUACAUACAUUCUGUCUGAGCAAACCAACGGCUCUGAGUUUGUGGUUGUAGGAGACUUGGUGCGUUGUGGUUUGACAACCACUGAAACAUGCCUGAAGGCCGUGACCCUGGCUCUGUCUGCCGGAAGGACCGUGUUUAACAUCCAGCCUGACGGAAAGGUCUUUCUCAACCGAAUCUAUUCUCAGCUUCCUCUCUCUACAGCUGGUGUGAAUAUUUUCCGCCCCACCUCGUUUUACAUCAUCGUCCAGACAUCUUUUGGGCUUCAGAUGGAGAUCCAGCUUGUACCCAUCAUGCAGGUUUACAUAACUGUGGAUGUGACCCACAAGCAACAAUUACUCGGUCUAUGUGGAAACUUUAAUGACAUCCAAAUCGAUGAUUUCACCACCAUGAGUGGAUCACGUGAAGGAACCGGUGUUGGUUUUGCAAACAGCUGGAGGACAAGAGCUAACUGUCCUGAAGUAAAGAACACCUUCGAGAACCCCUGCAGUCUCAGUGUGGAAAACGAAAAAUAUGCUCAGAAAUGGUGCUCCCUGCUGUCAGACCCUAAUGGUGUCUUUGCUCCGUGUCACUCCGAGAUCAGCCCAGAUAUCUACCAAAAGAACUGCAUGUAUGACACCUGCAACUGUGAGAACAGCGAGAACUGCAUGUGUGCGGCUCUCUCGUCUUACGUACACACCUGUGCCGCAAAGGGAAUUCUUCUCACCGGCUGGAGGAGCGAAGUGUGCACGAAAUAUGCCACCAACUGCCCGAGCACCAUGGUUUAUACCUACGGCAUCCGCAGUAGCAUGCAGUCAUGCCGCUGUCACAGUGACCCAGAUUUCACCUGCGCUGUGACCUUUGACCCGGUGGAUGGGUGCGUUUGUGCUGAAGGAACGUAUCUCAAUGAUAACGGGAAAUGUGUUCCGCUGGAUAAAUGUUCCUGCUACUACAAAGGGGCUGUGAUUCCUCCUGCAGAAGUCAUCAGCAAGGACGGCACCAUGUGCACCUGUAAGAAUGGCAAACUCAGCUGCAUCGGAUCUACCACCGAUGAGCCAUCUUGUUCCUCACCAAUGGUGUUCUUCAACUGCUCCGAUGCUACUCCAGGAUCUACAGGCUCUGAGUGCCAAAAGAGCUGUAACACCCUAGACAUGGCCUGUAUCAGCACGGAGUGUGUCUCAGGCUGUGUGUGUCCUGCGGGACUUGUGUCUGAUGGAAAAGGUGGCUGCAUUGAAGAUGCUCUAUGUCCUUGCGUUCAUAACAGUAAAACUUACCAGCCUGGAGAAUCCAUCAAAGUCGACUGCAAUACCUGCACAUGCAAGGACAGGAAAUGGCAAUGCAGCACAGAUUUGUGCCAUGGGACCUGUACAGUGUAUGGCGAUGGACAUUAUAUCACAUUCGAUGGAAAAAGAUACACUUUCGAUGGAGACUGUGAAUACACUCUCAUCAGAGAUCACUGUGGCCACAGCAAUACCAGUGGCACUUUCAGAGUCAUCACGGAAAACAUUCCCUGUGGAACAACUGGCACCACCUGCUCCAAAGCCAUCAAAGUCUUUCUGGGGAGUAAUGAGCUCUUACUAACAGACGGAGGCUAUGAAGUUAUUCAAAGAGAUGCAGGAGAUGAAAUUCCCUACCAGAUCAGCAUUAUGGGCAUUUACAUGGUCAUUGAAGCUAAUAAUGGGCUAAUUCUGAUGUGGGACCAGAAGACAAGUAUAUUCAUCAAGCUUAGUCCUAAUUUCAAGGGUGAGGUCUGUGGUCUCUGCGGAAAUUAUGAUGGCAACACAAACAAUGACUUUACCUUGAGAAACCAAGGUGUGGUAAACAACGCACUGGAUUUUGGAAACAGCUGGAAGGAGUCCUCCAGCUGCCCUGAUGCUAGUCAGAUCAAAAAUCCAUGUACCUUUAACCCCUAUCGGCAAGCCUGGGCUCAGAAACAGUGCAGCAUCAUCAUGAACGAAAUCUUUGUGACCUGUCACACACAUGUUGACCCUGCACCGUAUUAUUCUGCAUGCGUAAGGGACGCAUGUGCUUGUGAUAGUGGAGGAGAUUGUGAAUGUUUCUGUACCGCUGUAGCUGCUUACGCUGAAGCCUGUAACGAGGGUGGAGUGUGUGUUGCUUGGAGGACACCAAAAAUCUGCCCACUGUUCUGUGAUUACUACAACCCUCCUGAUGAGUGUGAGUGGCACUACAAACCUUGUGGAGCACCCUGUAUGAAGACUUGCAGGAACCCUGAAGGAACAUGUUCCAGUCAAAUACCACCACUGGAAGGCUGUUACCCAAAAUGUCCUGCUGAUCAGCCAUACUUUGAUGAGGACACAAUGAAAUGUGUGAAGAAGGAAAGCUGCGGCUGCUACUACAAAGCAAAACAUUACAACAAUGGAGAUGAGGUUCCAAGCACAGAGAACUGUCAGAAAUGCUAUUGUGGUUCAUCAGAAAUCAACUGUAAAACAGAUGAUAACGCUUGUACCUGCCUAUAUAAUGGAAUAAUAUAUCAUUAUGGUGACACUAUCUACAAUACUACUGAUGGAUAUGGCAACUGCAUCACAGCUAAGUGUGGAAAGAAUGGAAAAAUUGAAAGGACAUCAUAUCAUUGCUAUACAACACUACCACCAACAACAACAACUGUCUUCGACUUCUCCUCAACAACAGUGUCUACUAUGCAUCCCAGUACUCCAGCAUCUUCAGAACCAAUAACUACAACUGGACCAACCUCAACUACAUGCCAGGAAUCAUGUGAAUGGUCAGAAUGGUUUGACACAACAUUCCCAACCCCUGGUCCCAGUGGAGGUGACUCUGAAACAUACAAAAAUAUUAGAGCCGCUGGUUAUAGGAUCUGUGAGCAACCAUCCCAAAUUCAAUGCCGUGCCGAAAAGUAUCCAAAUAAAAGCAUAAGUGAAGUUGGACAGAAGGUGGACUGUAAUGUUAACAUAGGUUUAAUAUGCAAAAAUGAAGAACAAUCAGGCCCAUUUCCAUUAUGUUUGAACUACCAAAUACGUGUUUACUGCUGUGAUAAAAGCCACUGCACAUCACCGACAACGUCACCAUCAGUAUCAACCACAACCACAGGAACCACCACAACAAAACCAGAUUGUGAAGUCUGUUCCUGGACACCAUGGAUGAAUGUUGAUUACCCUGAAUAUGGACCAGAAGGAGGGGACAAUGAAACUAUCAAAAACAUUAUUCAUUCAGGACGCUAUAAAGUAUGUGAAAAACCAGCUGAAGUCAAGUGUCAAGCAGUGCGUUAUCCAGGUGUGCCAUUAUCAGAGUUAGACCAAAAUGUUACAUGCAGUAACUCAGGUCUACUUUGUGAAAACAAAUAUCAAACUCUAAUAUGUCUUGAUUAUGAGGUAAAGGCAAAAUGUUGUAAGCCCGUAGAAUGUACAACACCACCACCACCACCAGCAACAACAACAAUGACCCCCAUUACAACAUCACAUACACCUCCCACAACACCGCAUCAGAUUACAAUAACAAAGCCUUUGAGUACAACAGAAACUACAACUAAGCUCACACCUUCUUGCCAGUAUGAGUGCUCUUGGUCUGACUGGAUGGACUUUGGCCCUCCUACAACUGGUGCUAAUGGUGGUGAAGUUGUACCAAUAAGAAGGAUAAGUGACACAUAUCCUAAGAUCUGUUCCACCCCACCAAAAGUUGAAUGCCGAGCAAAACUCUACCCUGACCUUACCCUCUCACAAUUGGGCCAGGAACCCACACCUCAUUGCGGGUAUGAGUGCUCUUGGUCUGACUGGAUGGACUUUGGCCCUCCUACAACUGGUGCUAAUGGUGGUGAAGUUGUACCAAUAAGAAGGAUAAGUGACACAUAUCCUAAGAUCUGUUCCACCCCACCAAAAGUUGAAUGCCGAGCAAAACUCUACCCUGACCUUACCCUCUCACAAUUGGGCCAGGAAGUGACCUGUAAUGCCCAAGAUGGACUCAUCUGUCUCAACGAAAAUCAAGGUCUUCAACAGCAGUGCUUUGACUAUGAAAUUAGAGUGUAUUGUUGUCAAUUACCAGAAUGGUGUACCACAACAACACCACCAGGAACAACAACUACAACACCAACAACAACUACAACAACUACAACACCACCAUCAACUACAACAACAACCACUACAACAACUACAACACCAACAACAACAAGACCGGAAACAACUACAACAAAACCAACAACAACAUCAACACCAACAACACCAACAAGUACAACAGCACCAAGUACAACAUCUGCAACAACACCAAGUACAACAACCACAACCCCACUUACAACAUCCCCAACUGUGACACAAUCUACAAUUCAGCCCACACCUCAUUGCGGGUAUGAGUGCUCUUGGUCUGACUGGAUGGACUUUGGCCCUCCUACAACUGGUGCUAAUGGUGGUGAAGUUGUACCAAUAAGAAGGAUAAGUGACACAUAUCCUAAGAUCUGUUCCACCCCACCAAAAGUUGAAUGCCGAGCAAAACUCUACCCUGACCUUACCCUCUCACAAUUGGGCCAGGAAGUGACCUGUAAUGCCCAAGAUGGACUCAUCUGUCUCAACGAAAAUCAAGGUCUUCAACAGCAGUGCUUUGACUAUGAAAUUAGAGUGUAUUGUUGUCAAUUACCAGAAUGGUGUACCACAACAACACCACCAGGAACAACAACUACAACACCACCAACAACUACAACAACUACAACACCACCAUCAACUACAACAACAACCACUACAACAACUACAACACCAACAUCAACUACAACAACAACCACUACAACAACUACAACACCAACAACUACAACACCAACAACAACAAGACCGGAAACAACUACAACAAAACCAACAACAACAUCAACACCAACAACACCAACAAGUACAACAGCACCAAGUACAACAUCUGCAACAACACCAAGUACAACAACCACAACCCCACUUACAACAUCCCCAACUGUGACACAAUCUACAAUUCAGCCCACACCUCAUUGCGGGUAUGAGUGCUCUUGGUCUGACUGGAUGGACUUUGGCCCUCCUACAACUGGUGCUAAUGGUGGUGAAGUUGUACCAAUAAGAAGGAUAAGUGACACAUAUCCUAAGAUCUGUUCCACCCCACCAAAAGUUGAAUGCCGAGCAAAACUCUACCCUGACCUUACCCUCUCACAAUUGGGCCAGGAAGUGACCUGUAAUGCCCAAGAUGGACUCAUCUGUCUCAACGAAAAUCAAGGUCUUCAACAGCAGUGCUUUGACUAUGAAAUUAGAGUGUAUUGUUGUCAAUUACCAGAAUGGUGUACCACAACAACACCACCAGGAACAACAACUACAACACCAACAACAACUACAACAACUACAACACCACCAUCAACUACAACAACAACCACUACAACAACUACAACACCAACAACAACAAGACCGGAAACAACUACAACAAAACCAACAACAACAUCAACACCAACAACACCAACAAGUACAACAGCACCAAGUACAACAUCUGCAACAACACCAAGUACAACAACCACAACCCCACUUACAACAUCCCCAACUGUGACACAAUCUACAAUUCAGCCCACACCUCAUUGCGGGUAUGAGUGCUCUUGGUCUGACUGGAUGGACUUUGGCCCUCCUACAACUGGUGCUAAUGGUGGUGAAGUUGUACCAAUAAGAAGGAUAAGUGACACAUAUCCUAAGAUCUGUUCCACCCCACCAAAAGUUGAAUGCCGAGCAAAACUCUACCCUGACCUUACCCUCUCACAAUUGGGCCAGGAAGUGACCUGUAAUGCCCAAGAUGGACUCAUCUGUCUCAACGAAAAUCAAGGUCUUCAACAGCAGUGCUUUGACUAUGAAAUUAGAGUGUAUUGUUGUCAAUUACCAGAAUGGUGUACCACAACACCACCACCAGGAACAACAACUACAACACCACCAACAACUACAACAACUACAACACCACCAUCAACUACAACAACAACCACUACAACAACUACAACACCAACAACUACAACACCAACAACAACAAGACCGGAAACAACUACAACAAAACCAACAACAACAUCAACACCAACAACACCAACAAGUACAACAGCACCAAGUACAACAUCUGCAACAACACCAAGUACAACAACCACAACCCCACUUACAACAUCCCCAACUGUGACACAAUCUACAAUUCAGCCCACACCUCAUUGCGGGUAUGAGUGCUCUUGGUCUGACUGGAUGGACUUUGGCCCUCCUACAACUGGUGCUAAUGGUGGUGAAGUUGUACCAAUAAGAAGGAUAAGUGACACAUAUCCUAAGAUCUGUUCCACCCCACCAAAAGUUGAAUGCCGAGCAAAACUCUACCCUGACCUUACCCUCUCACAAUUGGGCCAGGAAGUGACCUGUAAUGCCCAAGAUGGACUCAUCUGUCUCAACGAAAAUCAAGGUCUUCAACAGCAGUGCUUUGACUAUGAAAUUAGAGUGUAUUGUUGUCAAUUACCAGAAUGGUGUACCACAACAACACCACCAGGAACAACAACUACAACACCACCAACAACUACAACAACUACAACACCACCAUCAACUACAACAACAACCACUACAACAACUACAACACCAACAACUACAACACCAACAACAACAAGACCGGAAACAACUACAACAAAACCAACAACAACAUCAACACCAACAACACCAACAAGUACAACAGCACCAAGUACAACAUCUGCAACAACACCAAGUACAACAACCACAACCCCACUUACAACAUCCCCAACUGUGACACAAUCUACAAUUCAGCCCACACCUCAUUGCGGGUAUGAGUGCUCUUGGUCUGACUGGAUGGACUUUGGCCCUCCUACAACUGGUGCUAAUGGUGGUGAAGUUGUACCAAUAAGAAGGAUAAGUGACACAUAUCCUAAGAUCUGUUCCACCCCACCAAAAGUUGAAUGCCGAGCAAAACUCUACCCUGACCUUACCCUCUCACAAUUGGGCCAGGAAGUGACCUGUAAUGCCCAAGAUGGACUCAUCUGUCUCAAUGAAAAUCAAGGUCUUCAACAGCAGUGCUUUGACUAUGAAAUUAGAGUGUAUUGUUGUCAAUUACCAGAAUGGUGUACCACAACAACACCACCAGGAACAACAACUACAACACCACCAACAACUACAACAACUACAACAACACCAUCAACUACAACAACAACCACUACAACAACUACAACACCAACAACUACAACACCAACAUCAACAACACCAGAAACAACCACGACAACACCAACACCAACAACACCAACACCAACAACUACAACACCAACAACACCAACAGGUACAACAGCACCAAGAACAACAACUGCAACAACACCAAGUACAACAACCACAACUGUGACACAAUCUACAAUUCAGCCCACACCUCAUUGCGGGUAUGAGUGCUCUUGGUCUGACUGGAUGGACUUUGGCCCUCCUACAACUGGUGCUAAUGGUGGUGAAGUUGUACCAAUAAGAAGGAUAAGUGACACAUAUCCUAAGAUCUGUUCCACCCCACCAAAAGUUGAAUGCCGAGCAAAACUCUACCCUGACCUUACCCUCUCACAAUUGGGCCAGGAAGUGACCUGUAAUGCCCAAGAUGGACUCAUCUGUCUCAACGAAAAUCAAGGUCUUCAACAGCAGUGCUUUGACUAUGAAAUUAGAGUGUAUUGUUGUCAAUUACCAGAAUGGUGUACCACAACAACACCAACAGCUACACCACCAGCAACAACAACUACAACACCACCAACUACAACACCAUCAUCAACUACAACAACAACCACUACAACAACUACAACACCAACAACUACAACACCAACAACAACAAGACCGGAAACAACUACAACAAAACCAACAAAUUGCGGGUAUGAGUGCUCUUGGUCUGACUGGAUGGACUUUGGCCCUCCUACAACUGGUGCUAAUGGUGGUGAAGUUGUACCAAUAAGAAGGAUAAGUGACACAUAUCCUAAGAUCUGUUCCACCCCACCAAAAGUUGAAUGCCGAGCAAAACUCUACCCUGACCUUACCCUCUCACAAUUGGGCCAGGAAGUGACCUGUAAUGCCCAAGAUGGACUCAUCUGUCUCAACGAAAAUCAAGGUCUUCAACAGCAGUGCUUUGACUAUGAAAUUAGAGUGUAUUGUUGUCAAUUACCAGAAUGGUGUACCACAACAACACCACCAGGAACAACAACUACAACACCACCAACAACUACAACAACUACAACACCACCAUCAACUACAACAACAACCACUACAACAACUACAACACCAACAACUACAACACCAACAUCAACAACACCAGAAACAACCACGACAACACCAACACCAACAACACCAACACCAACAACUACAACACCAACAACACCAACAAGUACAACAGCACCAAGAACAACAACUGCAACAACACCAAGUACAACAACCACAACUGUGACACAAUCUACAAUUCAGCCCACACCUCAUUGCGGGUAUGAGUGCUCUUGGUCUGACUGGAUGGACUUUGGCCCUCCUACAACUGGUGCUAAUGGUGGUGAAGUUGUACCAAUAAGAAGGAUAAGUGACACAUAUCCUAAGAUCUGUUCCACCCCACCAAAAGUUGAAUGCCGAGCAAAACUCUACCCUGACCUUACCCUCUCACAAUUGGGCCAGGAAGUGACCUGUAAUGCCCAAGAUGGACUCAUCUGUCUCAACGAAAAUCAAGGUCUUCAACAGCAGUGCUUUGACUAUGAAAUUAGAGUGUAUUGUUGUCAAUUACCAGAAUGGUGUACCACAACAACACCAACAGCUACACCACCAGCAACAACAACUACAACACCACCAACUACAACACCAUCAUCAACUACAACAACAACCACUACAACAACUACAACACCAACAACUACAACACCAACAACAACAAGACCGGAAACAACUACAACAAAAGCAACAACAACAUCAACACCAACAACACCAACAAGUACAACAGCACCAAGUACAACAUCUGCAACAACACCAAGUACAACAACCACAACCCCACUUACAACAUCCCCAACUGUGACACAAUCUACAAUUCAGCCCACACCUCAUUGCGGGUAUGAGUGCUCUUGGUCUGACUGGAUGGACUUUGGCCCUCCUACAACUGGUGCUAAUGGUGGUGAAGUUGUACCAAUAAGAAGGAUAAGUGACACAUAUCCUAAGAUCUGUUCCACCCCACCAAAAGUUGAAUGCCGAGCAAAACUCUACCCUGACCUUACCCUCUCACAAUUGGGCCAGGAACCCACACCUCAUUGCGGGUAUGAGUGCUCUUGGUCUGACUGGAUGGACUUUGGCCCUCCUACAACUGGUGCUAAUGGUGGUGAAGUUGUACCAAUAAGAAGGAUAAGUGACACAUAUCCUAAGAUCUGUUCCACCCCACCAAAAGUUGAAUGCCGAGCAAAACUCUACCCUGACCUUACCCUCUCACAAUUGGGCCAGGAAGUGACCUGUAAUGCCCAAGAUGGACUCAUCUGUCUCAACGAAAAUCAAGGUCUUCAACAGCAGUGCUUUGACUAUGAAAUUAGAGUGUAUUGUUGUCAAUUACCAGAAUGGUGUACCACAACACCACCACCAGGAACAACAACUACAACACCAACAACAACUACAACAACUACAACACCACCAUCAACUACAACAACAACCACUACAACAACUACAACACCAACAACAACAAGACCGGAAACAACUACAACAAAACCAACAACAACAUCAACACCAACAACACCAACAAGUACAACAACACCAAGUACAACAUCUGCAACAACACCAAGUACAACAACCACAACCCCACUUACAACAUCCCCAACUGUGACACAAUCUACAAUUCAGCCCACACCUCAUUGCGGGUAUGAGUGCUCUUGGUCUGACUGGAUGGACUUUGGCCCUCCUACAACUGGUGCUAAUGGUGGUGAAGUUGUACCAAUAAGAAGGAUAAGUGACACAUAUCCUAAGAUCUGUUCCACCCCACCAAAAGUUGAAUGCCGAGCAAAACUCUACCCUGACCUUACCCUCUCACAGUUGGGCCAGGAAGUGACCUGUAAUGCCCAAGAUGGACUCAUCUGUCUCAACGAAAAUCAAGGUCUUCAACAGCAGUGCUUUGACUAUGAAAUUAGAGUGUAUUGUUGUCAAUUACCAGAAUGGUGUACCACAACAACACCACCAGGAACAACAACUACAACACCACCAACAACUACAACAACUACAACACCACCAUCAACUACAACAACUUUUACAACAACUUCAACAUUUAGUGUCAUAACUGGAUCCACAUCAAAACCCGUUACAGAGCGUCAAUGUGUAUGCAUAAUUAAUGGAACUCAAGUACCACCAGGUUUCCAGAUUUACAAUGUGAGUGAUCUUGAUGGAUGGUGUUAUGUUGCAACUUGCAACAAGACAGAGUAUAAUGCAUGUGUAGUUCAUACACAUUCAUAUAAUUGUAGUGUACAUUCAACUACCCAAGCACCAACUACAAGCCACCUGCUACCCUGUGACAAGCCACCUCUAAAGCAUGGAGAGACUAUACCUGAUGGAAAAUGCUCCAAUAUUACAUGCAACAAUGGAAUAAUCAUACAUGAGCCUAUGAAAUGUGAAGAUACACCUUUGCCUGUUUGUGUAAACAACCACCCACCACAGAAAGUCACUGAUGAGUCUGGGUGUUGUUCCAAAUAUGAAUGCCAGUGUGUAUGCAGUGGCUUUGGAGACCCACAUUACAUCACUUUUGACGGAACAUACUACCCAUUUCAAGGAAACUGCUCCUAUGUCCUUGUCAAAGAGAUAAAUCCAAAAUACCACUUCAGCGUCAUUAUUGAUAAUGUCUACUGUGACUCCGAAGAUGGUCUCUCUUGUCCUAAAUCACUGACUGUGCACUACAAAUCCUAUGAAAUUUUCAUGACACAGGAGAUUUCUAACGGAAUUGUCACAAAUCUGAUCACUGUCAACCACAAGCGAGUCCUACUACCAUAUGAGAACGAGGACUUCCGAAUUUCAGACAAUGGUAUUGAAUCACUCGUGGUGAUACCAGCAAUCGAUGCACAGGUCAUCUUCACUGGCAUGAUGUUUUUCAUCAACCUCCCAUGGCAAAAGUUCCAUGGAAACACUGAAGGACAGUGUGGAACAUGUGAUAAUAACCGUAAAGAUGAUUGUCGCCUUCCAAAUGGCACCAUUAUUUCCUCCUGUGAAAAAAUGGCUCAGUAUUGGAAUGUCAGUAAUAAUGACAGCAACUGUCAACCACCACACACUAAACCGACACCAGUGCCAUGCACCAGUGCUCCAAUCUGUCAGAAUAUUAGCAAGAUCUUUAAGGAAUGCCAUGAGUUAAUCCCAUACCAGUAUUAUGAGGAGGCUUGCAACUAUGACGUGUGCCACAUGAACGAGACCAUCGGUUGUACCAGUUUGCAGAUGUACGCUGAACAGUGUGCUCUGGCAGGAAUCUGCAUCGACUGGAGGACAGCCACGAAUGGAGUGUGUGAUUUCGAGUGUGAAAAGCCCAAAGUGUACAAAGCUUGCGGACCUCAGAUUCCACCAACUUGUGAUUUAAGAUUUAACCUCAAGUUUAUAAGUACACCAAGUACCUUUAAUGCUUUGGAAAGUAUGAUCUGGGAAGGAUGCUACUGUCCGGAAGGCAUGAUACAGUUGGGUCCAGAUUUAAAUGUGUGUGUUCCUGAUUCCUGUGAAUGCAAGUUCGAUGGACAAUUGAAAAAGCCCAAUGAGACCUGGGUCUCGGAUUGUUUGAGCUGCACGUGUGAAGAGAAGAGUCUGACAGUGAGCUGCACGCCUUUGCCAUGUCCUACACAAGAGCCUCCUAACUGUAACGCACCUGGUCAGAUGAUGGUCCAACAGACUGUGGGUUGCUGCAAAUAUAACGUCUGUGUGUGUAAUUCCAGUCUUUGUCCCAAUGAGAAGCAAACCUGCCCUCUCGGAUUCACUCCACGAGUCGAAAUGAAAGGCUGUUGUCCAGUUUACACCUGUGUGCCUGAACCUGUCUGUGUGUUCAAUGACACGACAUAUAAGUCUGGUGCAUCUGUUCCCAUGGAAAAUUGUAAUAAGUGUGUGUGUUCCGAUGAAGUGGACUCCCAAAGUAAACUGCACAAAAUCUCAUGCGCUCCUCUUCCAUGUGACACACAAUGUCCACUGGGAUAUGAGUACCAGCUUGUUCCAGGAGAGUGCUGUGGAAAAUGUGUACAGAUCAGCUGUGUGGUUACAUCUGGAAAUACAACUCAAAUUAUCAAGGUCAAAGAGACCUGGGUCUCGGAUUGUAUGAGCUGCACGUGUGAAGAGAAGAAUCUGACAGUGAGCUGCACGCCUUUGCCAUGUCCUACACAAGAGCCUCCUAACUGUAACGAACUCGGUCAGAUGAUGGUCCAACAGACUGUGGAUUGCUGCAAAUAUAACAUCUGUGUGUGUAAUUACAGUCUUUGCCCCAAUGAGAAGCAAACCUGCCCUCUCGGAUUCACUCCACAAGUCAAAACAAAUGGCUGCUGUUCAGAGUACACAUGUGUGCCUGAACCUGUCUGUGUGUUCAAUGACACGACAUAUAAGUCUGGUGCAUCUGUUCCUAAGGAAGAAUGUAAUAAGUGUGUGUGUUCUGAUGAAGUGGACUCCCAAACUAAACUGCACAAAAUCUCAUGCACUCCUAUUCCAUGUGACACACAAUGUCCACUGGGAUAUGAGUACCAGCUUGUUCCAGGAAAGUGCUGUGGAAAAUGUGUACAGAUCAGCUGUGUGGUUACAUCUGGAAAUACAACUCAAAUUAUCAAGGUCAAAGAGACCUGGGUCUCGGAUUGUAUGAGCUGCACGUGUGAAGAGAAGAGUCUGACAGUGAGCUGCAAGCAUGUGCCAUGUCCUACACAAGAGCCUCCUAACUGUAACGAACCCGGUCAGAUGAUGGUCCAACAGACUGUGGGUUGCUGCAAAUAUAACGUCUGUGUGUGUAAUUUCAGUCUUUGUCCCAAUGAGAAUCAACCUUGCCCUCUCGGAUUCACUCCACGAGUCGAAAUGAAAGGCUGUUGUCCAGUUUACACCUGUGUGCCUGAACCUGUCUGUGUGUUCAAUGACACGACAUAUAAGUCUGGUGCAUCUGUUCCUAAGGAAGAAUGUAAUAAGUGUGUGUGCUCUGAUGAAUUGGACCCCCAAACUAAACUGCACAAAAUCUCAUGCACUCCUAUUCCAUGUGACACACAAUGUCCACUGGGAUAUGAGUACCAGCUUGUUUCAGGAGAGUGCUGUGGAACAUGUGUACAGAUCAGCUGUGUGGUUACAUCUGGAAAUACAACUCAAAUUAUCAAGCCUGGUGAUUCCUGGACUCCAUCUAAUGACAAAUGUGUGACUUAUAACUGUGUGAAAGACGGGACACAGUACAAUCCUGUAAAGACCCAGAAUGUUUGUCCACCAUUCUAUGAAGCUGACUGUAUUCCGGGAACAAUUGUCAAUGUUGAUUGCUGCCCUACUUGCACGCAGAAGAGUAGCUCGUGCAACCUUACCAAGAGCAUCACUUACCUUGAGAGCAAUGGCUGCAAGACUGCACAGCCAGUGGAACUGACGGCUUGUGAAGGCUCUUGUGUCACAUCUUCCCUCUACUCGAUGGCAGCCAACACGUUCGAGCACUCCUGCUCCUGUUGUCAGGAAGUGUCCACCAGCAAGAAGGAAGCCGAAUUCAUCUGUCCGGACGGAUCAAAAGUCACCCACACGUACGACUAUGUUGAGAAGUGCAGCUGCUAUGAGAGAGAGUGCACACUGAAGGAGACUUCUCCCGUCAAGCAGCGGCGUAGGCGUCGGUGAUCAAAUGUAGAACAGUCUUCAUUUUCUCUAAUCAAUGUUAAUCUAUUUAUGACUCUAUUUACACGAAUCAAUUAAAGAAUCAACUAAAGAAUUGUGACGACUGAAGAAAAAUCUUCAGUGUUUUUUUUUUCUGUAAUUCCUUUCUGAUGCUUAAAACCUAAUAAACAUCAACA